CGAAAGUCGAUAAAUAAACUUUCUACUUUAUGUACGUUAGUUGCCAUCACGUCACUAGGUGGCGGUAAUGUUCGAGCAUAUGUUCAAAAUAGAUUAAACAACAUUCGGUGAGGUUAAGUUACUCUAGGAAAAGUCUAUUAAUUACAUUAGUCAUGAAUUUCCUAGCCAAAAGUGUAAUGAAUAUAGCAAGAACUUGCAUAGCAAAUACUAUCCAAAGUAGCAAUCUAACUACGAAAUUUUGUGAACACAGACAUAGCCAAGCAGGAAACAUACUAAAUACCACAAAGAUAUGUGUGAGCACAACACUGCAAGGAUUGAGACAGAUCAGAUUUGGAAGCAGUUUAUGGCAAAUGCAUAAAAGAGGCGGACCAUACAAAAAGUCCAAACCUUCGAAGAAUCCUUUCGAUGGCGCACCAUUUAUGAAGGGCGUAAUUUUAAAAACUGUCAUCAAAAAACCGAAAAAGCCUAACUCUGCAAAUCGAAAAUGCGUCAUUGUGAGAUUAUCGAACGGCAAAGAAAUGACGGCGUAUGUUCCCGGAGUCGGUCAUAAUCUGCAGGAGCAUAAUAUAGUGCUGUGCAAGAAUGGACGAUUGCGAGAUACACCUGGAGUUAAGAUAAAAUGCGUGCGUGGAAAGUACGAUUUGCCACAUGUAUCUAAGCGCACUUAAUUUGUAACUGUUAAUUGUUAUCAUACGUAUGUCUGAUAAAAUUAAUGUAAUUUCUGUAAAAAAAGAACAUCAACUAUACCACUAUUGUCUACCUAAUUUUGAAAAUACAUCAUUGCGAGAUUAUUGAAUAGUACGGAAAUGAUGAUAUGUAUUUCUAGUGAGAUGUAAAGGUACAGUAUUACCUAAUUAAUCUACUCUUCGGAAAUUUUACAUUUUUGAAUUAAGAUUCAGAAAAUUUUGCAUUUAUGUAAACAAUAAAAUUGCGACA